CGAAAGAUGCAGGUACCGCCGUGUCGGAGAUAUUGCGGCGCUUCGCUAUCGGUCUUAUAAGGAUCUCCCUUUACUGGAGAAAGGUAAGCAAACGUCUUACAUUCGUUCUCCAGAUUCACUGUCUCCUUUUCUUUUCUCUAGUCCUUCAUUUAAGCCUCUAUCAUGCUAUCGCGGUCACUACAGCUACCCAAGGCGCUCAAUUACUACCUGUUCAUCGCGAUAUGUACAAUAGUAUUGGUCUACUAUUUCCUUUUCGUCCAGGCUCGCUUCAUCAUCCGUGCGCCGGGAGCGCCCGCGAUCGCGCAGCAGCCACAACCUAACAGCAUCCCCAAACUUAUUUGGUACAAGUUAGGCCCCAACGGUCUUUCUGAAGAGACACAAGCGUGGACCGACAGCUGCGUCAAGAACAAUCCCGACUAUGAAGCGCGCUUCUUAACGGAGGACGACGGCGAUGAUUACAUCCGCAAGACGUUUGUAGAAUCCCGCCCAGAUAUCGUCGACACCUACCUCGCAUUACCCAUACCCAUUUACAAAGCCGACUUUCUGCGCUAUGUCCUGCUUUGGAACGAAGGCGGAGUCUGGUCCGACCUAGACGUCUCGUGCGAAGAAGAUGUGCGAAUUGAUGAGUGGGUACCGGAGAUUUACAAGGACAAGGCUGCGCUCGUGGUAGGAUGGGAGUUUGACCAGGGUUGGCCGGGCAGAUAUGAGCGGCAAUUCGAGAGCUGGACUAUAAUGGCCAAACCGCGCUCGCCACACAUGAUGCAAGUCAUCGAGGAUAUCCUCCAGACACUGCAGGAGAAGACUGCAGAAUUUGACGUCUCGGUCAAUAACAUCACAAUGGAUAUGAUGGGCGAUACGGUCGACUUCACCGGUCCGCGGCGUCUGACACGCAGUGUGUAUACGAGUUUGGGAAGCUUGCUCAACAGAACCGUCGAUGCAUAUGAUAUGAAGGAGCUUGUGCGGCCAAGAUUGGUAGGGGAUGUCUUGGUGAUGCCGGGGAGGUCGUUUGCGGCGUCUGCGAACACGUAUCAGCCGGAGGAAGAGAAACUGCUGCCGCCGCAACUAGUGACGCAUCAUUAUGCAGGAACCUGGAAGAACGACGAUGGAGGAGAGAAGGUAAAGGAGACUCCAUGAUCGUGCUGGAAGGAAUGUCAAGUUCUACUGCCAUGGACAAUGCCGCGCAACCAAGUUUGGAUGUCGCCUAGAUGUCCUGAGCGGAUAGAGAUGUCCCCAUGUCUUCCAUACCACUAGGAUCCCCAAUCAUACGCACUAUUUCAAUAACGUUCCUCUGGCGAAUUUUCAGUCUGCUUCGACUGCUGUCUUGAUGCUGGCAUGGAUCCUACAACGCGUGGGGGAAACGGCGAAAGAGUCGAGUAAUCGAUUGAGCAGCGGAGACGCGCGAUACGAGCGAAGGCCAGUAAGACAAGGCUACAUGGUGAAGAUGUAUUCCCUAUAGCAUAACAGGGACUAAUAGCUCUUUGUCGGAUUCUGCGUUCGUAGCCCUCAAUUGCG